GAUUCUAAAGCGUCACUUCCACCUUGGAAACCACGGCGUGCAAAACCGUGAGCUCCAACGUACACUUUACUUUCUUUUUUUUUUGAAGGUUAUAGCAAGAAAAAACAAUCGAAAAUUUAUUUAGUUCUAUUGGUUUAAAACCAAGUAAAUUACAUUUUCUGUACUAAAAAUCAUAGCCUAUGCGGGAGGAUGACCUCCACUAAUAUCCAUCUAGAGUCUGAAACAACACAGAAAUUUAACAUCCCACUUUCUCAUUUAGAUUUUGGCUACAUCAAUAAAUGUUCCAAUGUCAAAGAGCUUGAAAAAAUUCUGAUAGUUUUAAGGUCUGGUACUGAAGGAAAAUAUCCAGAGCUAGAGGCAUUGGCUGAACAGAGAUUACAAACUGUAGCCCCUAAAAGUCGAGUUUUAAGGAAAGAUGGUCCCAUUUUAAGACCAGGUGAUUUAAGUUGUGGUGAUUGGAAACAGAUAGAAAAUGACUUGCAGAAUUGGACUUCUUCUAUGAAAGAAAGAGACCUAAUCAAUGGGAAAAAAAAUGAUAUCAAUCAAGAAACUGAUGAAAAUGUUCCUCCAGUCCGUGCCAGCAAUGUAUUGGAAGGUAAAAAGCAAAAAAAAAGUGAAACAGACAAAAAUAAGAGAGUGACGCCAAGAGACUAUAAAGAGUGGGACAAAUUUGAUGUUGAAGCAGAACUAAACAAGACAGAAACAGAGAAGAAAGUUCUAAGUAAAAAAACUGAUGUGAAUGGUGUUACGUUGGACAUCAAUGUUGCAGGUUUAAGUUUAGAAGAGAAAGAAAUGAAAGCUAACAGAGAAAAAGAGAAAGGGAAUGAGGCAUUUCGAUCAAAAGACUUUAAAGAAUCAGUUCUUUAUUAUACACGGAGUAUUUCAUUAUUACCAACAGCUGCUUCCUACAACAACCGUGCAUUAGCAUAUUUAAAACUUGAAGAAUGGGACAAGGCCAUAGCAGACUGUAACAGUGUUCUAAAAAAAGAGGAAGCUAAUGUCAAAGCUUUACUAAGAAGAGCCACUGCUUAUAAAAGUCAAAAGAAAUAUACAGAAGCACUAGUGGAUCUUAAACAAGUGUUAAAUAUGGAGUCCAAUAACAAAACAGCCAAGGAUAUGUUUGAAAGUAUUAAUAGUUGUGUUCAGCAAGAAAUGCAGUCACGGAAAGAAAAAGGAAAACGCUUGGUGAUUGAAGAAGUUGACAACAGUGAUGAAGUGAAUGAAGUAAGCUCCUGUCUAAUUACUGAAAAUGAAAUUAAAAAUGUCGUUAAGGAGACAGCUUCAGAAGUUCAAGAAAAAAACCUUUUAACAUCAGCUGACAUUCCAGUCAGUUUAGACAAGUCUUCACUAUCUUCAACUGAGUCAGCUGACAUUCCAGUCAGUCUAGACAAGUCUUCACUAUCUUCAACUGAGUCAGCUGACAUUCCAGUCAGUCUAGACAAGUCUUCACUAUCUUCAACGGAGUCAGCUGACAUUCCAGUCAGUAAUGACGAAUCUCCUAUUUCUUCAACAGACUUGGUUGAUGUUCUCGCUAGUCAAAACCAGUCCUCAUUUUUGUCAACUGGCUUGGAUGACAUUCCAGCGAGUCAAGACGACCAACCAAUCUUAUCAACUGACUCAGAUGUUACAAGUGCCUUAACCUCAAACCAGGAUUGUAAAUUUCAAGAUAACUUGACUGAAGAAUCUCAAAAAGUGGACGAAAGUAAAGAUUCUUUUUCUUUGACACGUCCUUACUAUGUGCAGCUCUCUCUACCUUCAAAUAGUAGACAAUUUAAAGAAAGUGGUAAUACUUUAUUUCGAAGUGGACAAUAUGGAGAUGCUAGUGAUGAAUAUACAAAGGCCAUCUUGGAACUUGAAAAAGACAACAGUCAACAAGUGAAUCUCUCUGUACUGCUGAACAAUCGUGCUGCAUGUCACCUGAAGAUAGGACACUGUAGUCAAACUGUGCAAGACUGUACACACUCACUUCUGCUAGUCCCUCACAAUAUCAAAGCUUUGUUACGCAGAGCUGCUGCUUAUGAAAUCUUAGAAAAGUAUGGUGAUGCAUAUGUUGAUUACAAACAUGUACUCAGUAUAGACAAGUCAACUGAACAAGCAUUGCAAGGAGCUAAUAGAUGUCAAAGUAUAUUACAAAACUUGUAUGGACCAGGCUGGCGACAGAAAGUUUCCCCUCUUGUGUCUGUCCAGCCAUGGGAAGUGCCUCUUCUUAUUGACCAGUCCGAUGGAAAUGUUUCUAUACUUGAUACAAUUAAAACUGUGUUAAAUGCACCAGAGCAAUUAGCUUUGGGAGACACAAAAACUGUUGAUAGAAGCGAAGAGAUUCCUGAUAAAGGUCAAGAGAAAAUUAUUGAUACAACUAAAGAGAAGACUGUUGAUACAAAUAAAGAGAAGACUGUUUAUAAAGAGAAGACUGUUGAAAGUCAAACCAAAAAGAAAGUUGAAGCUUGUGAAGAGAAGACUGGUGAAACCAGUGAAGAAAAGAUCUUUAAAACCAAUGAACAAAGGGAGACAAGCCCACUGAGUAAAACUGAAAAGUUUGAGAAAUUAAAACAAAUAGGAAAUGAUCUGGUACAAAAGGGUCUGUAUGAAGAGGCUGUGAAGUAUUAUUCAUCCUGUAUAGAACUGUGCCCUGAACAAUCAGCUUGUUUUACUAACAGAGCGUUAUGUUAUCUGAAACUCAAUAAGCCCACAGAAGCUGCCUUAGACUGUACCAGUGUUUUAAAUGUUCAAGCUAACAAUCCUAAAGCUUUGUACAGAAGAGCUUUAGCACAUAAGAUGCUACUACAAUACAAAUCAAGUCUUCAAGAUCUUAUUGAACUUGUCAAACUAGAGCCCAAGAACUGUGCGGCUCAGAAAGAGAUAGAUGCUGUUAAGAUGCUGUACAAACAGGAACUGGAAAAAUUGAAAGCCAGCAAACCUGUUGAUCAAGAAACAAAAUUGAGAAAGCGAAUAAAAAUUGAAGAAGUUGAAGAUGAAGAUGACAAUCCUAAAGUAACAAAAGAUAAAUCUAAAACUCAGGGUAAAGGGAGGAGUGUGAAAAACUUGCAGCAGUUUUCAAGUAAAACCAAAGUUGCUCCAAAGUGUCACUCUGUUACAACAUCAGACAGCAGUGUAACUCCCACACCACCAAUAGCCUCACGACUCAUGAAAACAACACCCUACGAGUUUUUUCAAGCAUGGAACUCUUUGAAACCAUCUCAAGGGAUACAACCCUAUACUGAAAUUUUACGCCAAGUAUUACCAGAGAACUUACCAUCAGUCAUCAGUAACAAAUUGGAUGGUCAAAUGUUACAAAUUAUAGUCCGCUGUGUGAAUGAAGAAAUGGUAGCUAAAGGUGAAGUUGACCUGGGCUUUGAGAUCUUGGAUAAUCUACGGAAAGUUCCUCGCUUCUCAACAGUUGCAUUAUUCAUGAGCAGCAAGGAAAAGAAAGAAGUGUCCACAGUUCUGGAUGUAUUAUCUAGGUCAGUGUCCAGUCUGUACACACCAGCUGACAUUGUGAGACUAAAGAAAGAGUACUCAGUCAAAUAGAUCUCACUUGUUAGAUACCGGUAGCACUUACAUAUAUACAUAUAUAAAUAUUUACAUCAUCUUGUGUCUUUUUGUUGCCUGCUUUUAGUUGCCUUCAAUUCUAUCUUGAUAUUUUAUUGGAUCAAAUAUUGCAUAUAUUAUUUAGUAGCCUGUUUGACUGUUUGAAAUAAAUUUGAAUGAUGAAAACGUA